AUGACAACAUUCUUCGAUGAAGCCUACAACCCGGGCGAUGGCGUUCGAGGUGGACUGCGCAAGAUGAACACUUUCGUCGCCGGCAAGCUGGAACUCACGUUCACACAUCCCACACUUCAGCAUAUCAUUGACACACUCUUUGGAUGGUUUGAAGGAUACUACUGCAUGCGUGAAGACCUUCUGGAGACUCCUACCGCUGUUGGGACGUCAACAUCUCAGCACAGAGACAAACCGCAGAAGCAAGUAUUUAAGCUCCCGACGCGAUUGCGGUCGGAUAAAGAUCCAAAAGUUGUUGAGAAAGCAAAGAAGCACGAAGCCCAUGUGGAAGUUGCCAGCAAAUUCGACAAUCAUCAGCAAAUGGUGCGGGUCUUUGAAAAGCAACUGGAGGACGAGCAGUGGCCUGAUAACGACAAGACACCGGAUCAGAAAGUGCAAUCCUCCCUACAAAGUUAA